GCAAGCGCGAGUGCCCGGGACACGCCUCACCUGGGCACAUUUAGUUAGUGUUACAAGGAUGGUGGUGUUUCUGGUUGUUGUACCUGACGGGAAAGGAAAAGACAGGCCGAGUUGUGUGUAUUGCCAGUAGGGGGAAAGUGCGUUCCUCUGUACCUCACCAAGCCUGUGCAGGCCUCACUUGGCACAGCACCACUUCACCAUGUCCCCACUCACCUGGCUCUGGGUAAUUGUCAUUGAACCUGUUUGCUGAUGACAAGACACCUGUGUGAGUCCAUUGAGCUGCAGUAUGGCAUGUCAUGGAGAACAGAUGUUGGAAACCACUCUGGGAGAGGCAGAAUGUACGCCAACCAUGGUGAAGAUGGCAUUCCGCAAGGCAUACUCUAUCAAGGACAAGCUGGAAGCCAUAGAGAGAGUAAAGAAUGGAGAAAGGCAAGCCAGUGUGUCAAGAGAUUUUGGAGUGCCUGGUGGAACACUUCGUGGGUGGCUGAAAGACGAGCAAAAGUUGAGAUGGUUUUUAGACCAGCUUGGUGGGGACGUGGGUACGCAUAGAAAGAAAAUGCGGUUAGCCAAUGAAGAAGAGAUAGACAGAGCUGUGUACACAUGGUUUAUCACUCUUCGACAACAAGGCAUUCCAUUGUCUGGACCUAUUAUCCAAGCACAGGCAGAGGCAUUUGCCAAGCAGAUUUAUGGGGAAGAAUGUACUUUCAAGGCAAGUCAUGGUUGGUUCUGGCGUUGGCAAAAGAGACAUGGCAUAUCAAGCCAACGGAUAUAUGGUGAAACAGAAGUGAGGGCAACAGAGGUAGAGCCUGUUUUUAUUUAUCCAGAAACACCAAAACAACCAUCUAAUGAUGGUGGCUAUGGCGAUGAGCAAAUAUACAAUGCCAACAUUACUGGACUAUACUGGAAAUUGUUGCCAGAUCAGAUGCAUGAGAUGAAGCUGGCCAAGCAACCUGAUGGUCACAGGAAAGUUAAAGACCGUGUUACAAUUCUGUUAGCUGCAAACUUAACAGGAAACCACAAACUGAAACCUCUAGUGGUGGGCAAGUUACAAGAUCCUCCCAGCCUUCGACAUCACAACCAGGACAAAUUCCCUGCCACAUAUAGAUACUGUAAGAACACAUGUGUGCACUUAGACAUGCUGAAAGAGUGGUUUUUUGAGGAGUUUGUACCUGGAGUAAAGCGUUACCUAAGGAGGUGUUGUCUCCAACAAAAAGCAGUUUUGUUAAUAAACCAAUAUCCUGUUAAGCCACCAGCUGAAGAACUUCAGACACCUGAUGGCAAUAUCCGAGUGCUGUUCCUUUCAAAAAACACUAGGAAUAAAAUACAGUCAAUGGAUCAGGGUGUGAUCUCCUCUUUUAAGCAACUAUACAAACGGGAACUUCUGAAACUGAUGUUGUCCUGCGACAGCACUCCUUCUGAUUUUGUGAGAUCGUUUGUGCUCAAAGACAUGAUAUAUCUAGCAGGGCAGUCAUGGAACAUGAUACAGGCAGGGAGCAUUGAAAAGUGUUGGCUGUUUGGACUAAGGGCUGCUUUUGAGAAUAGUUCCAGUACAGAGACUGAUGGGGAAGAGUAUAGCAGUGUUUUUUCAGACUUGAUAAAUCUUGCAGCUCUAGCUUACAAACGCAUGGCACCUGAAGAUAUUGCAGACUGGGUACACUUGGAUGACAAUAUCCCAGUAAUCGAUGCAUUCCCAGAGGACAGAACUUCAGACUGUGAGAUCACUACAUUAAUUGUUCCUGGGGAUAGUGCCGGAGAUGAUACUAGUGAAGAUGAAAGAAAGAGAGCUCCCAUUCCUUCUGCAACAGAAGCCAUACAUGGACUAGAGACAGCCUUGCGUUGGCUGGAGUCACAAGACCCACAGAAGGUUGGCCCGUUAAAAAUAGUUCAAUUACGAUCUUUAAUAACCACUGCUCAGAGACUAAAACAAGCACAGUUACUCACCAAAGUUACAGACUGCAGUGGGAGCUCAUAAAACCUAUCAAAAUAAUAAACUGAACUGCAGGUGAAACACUUUAUAUUUUAGCACGGACAUGCUGAGUUACUGUCUCUGUAUAAUAUUUAUCUAGCACGACAGAGUAGUAUAGUACACUUUGUUUGGUCCGUACUGAUGCCGUUUGAUGCAGAAUGCUGUUAUAGUAAACAACAAAAGUAAACUUAUAUUCAGUGUAUCAAUAUACUUUAGUGUUAAAGACAUGACAGUGUUUUAUUACAGGUUCUUAAAUGAUCAUGAAAGUGAUGAAAUAACUUUCCAAAGGGUCAUAAAACAUCAAAUCACCCAGUAGUGCACUGUAAAUACAAUAAGAAGCAUUUUUGCAAUGCACUACAUUAUCUGUGCCUGCACAAGAACAAUUAAUAUGCACAUGACCCACUGCACAUAUGACUACUGGGCUUUGCAUGCUCAUUUGUAUUGCUUAUAUGCUCUGAGUGCUGGUAACGUCACUGGCAGCCUUUUGAGGAUAGACUUAAUGCAAAUGUGCCAGCACAAAUGUUAUGGACGUAUUUACAGUGGGUCUCAUUAGUGUUGUUCUCAUUGAAAGUUAUAUCUUUUAAUAGAAGCAUCUUUGCAAACCGAAGUAUAUUGCAAAUUCUUCUGAUUGUACAUUAAAUGCACUCAGGCUUUCUUUUUUUUUUUACCCAGCUUUGUUACUGGUAGACAGCUUUAUGCUACAUAGACCAUGUACGGGCAGAUUCAGCCUCUGGUGGUAAAGAGCAGAGCUGCUUUUUAUCCAAAUAAUUUAUAUAUUUAUAAAGUGUCAACAUGUUCUCCAAACAAUGACAGGGUAAUUCUUACAAAUGACUUGUACAUGAACAACAAAAAAAGAGGGCCAAGCCCAUGAGUUACCUUUCAUGUGACCACCUUUACACAAGUAUGGGGGGGUUGUGAGGAUGUGGGUAACCGUUGAGAGAUGGUGAGAGGCCUGAGGUGAUCAAUCAGUAAGAUAUAAGAUGUAAGUUGUUUGUGUCCAUGAAGAGUGGUGUCUUUAGGUAACCCUUGGAACUUUGAAAGAUUGACAAGUCCUUCCAAAGAAGGCAAGAAAUUCAGUGAUUAUGUGCAGUUCCAGUAAAGUUUAAUAGACUGGAGUGAGAAGUAGCAAAGAGAGUGGAGGAAAGAAGUAGGCAUUGAGCAGAGCAAUGAGGUUGGGAGGGUUUUUGCAGCAAAUAGAGAGAUAUUGGAGGGUGCUUUUGUUAGGGCCAAUGAUCUAAAUCUUACUACAGAAACAAGAUCUUAGAAGUCUCGUCAAUACUCAUACUCUGUAUGUGAAGGAGAGAUUUCUUAUUUACAAUAUAAGGUCUAAAACAAUUCCGAAGACGUUGUGUGAUUUCUCUCCAUGGCAGCGAGUUUUUGAUCUUUGGGCCCUGAGUGAGGUUUAAGCAUUUUUAUUGUAUUAUUAAGGCUAAGGAAAGCCAGUAGAGGGAUUGGCAGAUGAAGAACGAUCUGUGAGAAUGCGAUUUUAGAGGCAUUUAUGAGGGAUUGCUGAGAUGAUGUUGUGCAGUACUGAAGGUCAGAUACCUUGAGUGAGUGGCUUAGAAUUUUACUGGUGAACUUUUUCUAAGGUGUAAAUUGCAGGUAUUAGCGGAAUGUGAUGAGCAAAUGACAGUUCUAUCUAAGCCAUUUAUUACCCAGAGGCAGCGGGUGUUGGGUUGGAAAAUGUUUUAUUUUCUGCAACACUAAGUUUUCUUUUUUUUAACAAUUUAAGCAAUGGUAUUCCCAGUAUAAAAAUGAUUUAUUUCAUUAGGGCAUUUUCAAACAAAUUCUUUCAUUUACUAACACCUAGAUUACGAGUUUUGCGUUAACAGGGGUGCUGUGCUAACGAGCAGUUUAUGCUCACCGCUCAACUUACAGACAGCGCUGGUAUUACGGGUUUUUAGAAACCCGGCGUUAACCGCAAAAAAGUGAGCGAAGAGCAAAAUUUAGCUCCACAUCUCACCUCAAUACCAGCGCUGCUUACGCUAGCGGUGAGCAGGUAAAACGUGCUCGUGCACGAUUUCCCCAUAAGAAUCAAUGGGGGAGAGCCGGCUAAAAAAAAACACCUGCAGCGUUCAGCUCCUAACGCAGCCCCAUUGAUUCCUAUGGGGAAAUACUUUUUAUGUCUACACCUAACACCCUAACAUGAACCCCGAGUCUAAACACCCCUAAUCUUACACUUAUUAACCCCUAAUCUGCUGCCCCAACAUCGCCGACACCUGCAUUAUAUUAGUAACCCCUAAUCUGCCGCUCCGGACACCGCCGCCACCUACAUUAUACUUAUGAACCCCUAAUCUGCCGCCACCAACAUCGCCGAACCCUACAUUAUAUUUAUUAACCCCUAAUCUGCCGUCCCCAAUGUCGCCGCAACCUAACUACAUUUAUUAACCCCUGAUCUGCCGCCCACAACGUCGCCACCACUAUAAUAAAGUUAUUAACCCCUAAACCUAAGUCUAACCCUAACACUCCCUAACUUAAAUAUAAUUACAAUAAAUCUAAAUAAAAUUAUUACAAUUCAUUAAAUCAUUCCUAUUUAAAACUGAAUACUUACCUAUAAAAUAAAUCCUAAGAUAGCUACAAUAUAACUAAUAGUUACAAUGUAGCUAGUUUAGGGUUUAUUUUUAUUUUACAGGCAAGUUUGUAUUUAUUUUAACUAGGUAGAAUAGUUAUUAAAUAGUUCUUAACUAUUUAAUAACUACCUAGUUAAAAUAAAGACAUUUACCUGUAAAAUAAAACCUAACCUAAGUUACAAUUACACCUAACACUACACUAUAAUUAAAUUAAUUACCUAAACUAAAUACAAUUAAUUACAAUUUAAAAAAAUUAUCUUAAGUACGAAAACAAACACUAUAUUACAGAAAAUAAAAUAAUUACAAGAUUUUUAAACUAAUUACACCUACUCUAAUCCCCCUAACAAAAUAAAAAAGCCCCCCAAAAUAAAAAAAAUCCCUACCCUACACUAAAUUACAAAUAGCCCUUAAAAGGGCCUUUUGCGGGGCAUUGCCUUAAAGUAAUCAGCUCUUUUACCUGUAAAAAAAAAUACAAUUCCCCCCAACAUUAAAACCCACCACCCACACAACCAACCCUACUCUAAAACCCACCCAAUACCCCCUUAAAAUAACCUAACACUAACCCUUUGAAGAUCACCCUACCGUGAGACGUCUUCAUCCAACCGGGCAGAAGUGGUCCUCCAGACGGGCAGAAGUCUUCAUCCAAGCCGGGCAGAAGAGGUCCUCCAGACGGGCAGAGGUCUUCAUCCAGACGGCAUCUUCUGGCUCCAUCUUCAAGACAUCCGACGCGGAGCAUCCUCUUCUUCCGACGACUAAAGACGAAUGAAGGUUCCUUUAAGUGACGUCAUCCAAGAUGGCGUCCCUUCAAUUCCGAUUGGCUGAUAGAAUUCUAUCAGCCAAUCAUAAUUAAGGUAGGAAAAAUCCUAUUGAUCCAAUCAGAUCCAAUCAGCCAAUAGAAUGCAAGCUCAAUCCUAUUGGGAUUAGGAUUGUGUGGGUGGUGGGUUUUAAUGUUGGGGGGGGGUUGUGUUUUGUUUUUUACAGGUAAAAGAGCGGAUUACUUUGGGGCAAUGCCCUGCAAAAGGCCCUUUUAAGGUCUAUUUGUAAUUUAGUGUAGGGUAGGGCUUUUUUAUUUUGUUAGGGGGAUUAGAGUAGGUGUAAUUAGUUUAAAAAUCUUGUAAUUAUUUUAUUAUUUUCUGUAAUUUAGUGUUUGUUUGUUUUUGUACUUUAGAUAUUUUUUUAAAUUGUAAUUAAUUGUAUUUAGUUUAGGUAAUUAAUUUAAUUAUAGUGUAGUGUUAGGUGUAAUUGUAACUUAGGUUAGGUUUUAUUUUACAGGUAAAUGUGUCUUUAUUUUAACUAUGUAGUUAUUAAAUAGUUAAUAACUAUUCAAUAACUAUUGUACCUAGUUAAAAUAAAUACUAAGUUGCCUGUAAAAUAAAAUUAAACCCUAAGCUAGCUACAAUGUAACUAUUAGUUAUAUUGUAGCUAGCUUAGGGUUUAUUUUAUAGGUAAGUAUUUAGUUUUAAAUAGGAAUAAUUUAGCUAAUUAUAGUAAUUUUAUUUAGAUUUAUUGUAAUUAUAUUUGUUAGGGGGGUUAGGGUUAGAUUUAGGGGUUAAUACAUUUAAUAUAGUGGCGGCGACGUUGGGGGUGGCAAAUUAGGGAUUAAUAAAUGUAGGUAGGUGUUGGCGAUGUUAGGGCCGGCAGAUUAGGGGUUAAUAAUAUUUAACUAGUGUUUGCGAUGCAGGAGUGCGGCGGUUUAGGGGUUAAUAUGUUUAUUAUAGUGGCGACGAUGUCCUGUUCGGCAGAUUAGGGGUUAAAAAAUUUAUUUUAGUGUUUGCGAUGUGGGGGGGCCUCCGUUAAUAGGUAGUUUAUGGGUGUUAGUGUACUUUUUAUCACUUUAGUUAAGAGUUUUAUGCUACGGUGUUGUAGUGUAAAACUCUUAACUACUGACUUUAAAAUGCGGUACCAGGCUUGACAGGAGAGGGUCUACCGCUCACUUUUUGGCAGACUCGUAAUACCGGCGCUAUGCAAGUCCCAUUGAAAAUAUAGGAUACGCAAUUGACGUAAGUGGAUUUGCGGUAUUUCUGAGUCUGGCCAAAAAAGUGAGCGGUACACCUGUACCUUCAAGACUUGUAAUACCAGCGGGCGUUAAAAAGCAGAGUUGGGACCGGCCAACACUGCUUUUUAACCCUAACUCACAACUCGUAAUCUAACCGUUAGUGUUUAACCCUUGAAAAUGAGUUAAGUACAUAAAGUUGUGAAGCUGUGCUAGAUGAGCAUACAGCUACAGGAGUAGUCAUACAUGCGUAUGCUCCUAUCAUUGGCUAUCCUUAUCUGGAGCAGAAUGGGAAGUGGACUUUGACUAUGUUUUUAAUCAGUUUGAAGGAGUGAAGCACAAAGGCAAUUUAAUUAAAAAUAAAAUACUCUGAUGAAUUAGUAGAGUUUACCUUUAGCAGGUUGUCCCUUCAAAUCCAUAUCAUUAUAGUAUUGAUACUAGUAAGGGUACCAGGCACAUCUCAAUGGUUUUCUUUAUUAUCUUAAACAUUAUUCUUUAAACCAUUUUGUUUAAAUUCACCCUUGGACCAUCAUUGAAGCAAUAUGAUCAGUAUGUCUUUUCCUUGUGGGUAAAUCGUAGGGAUGUGCAUACGGCAGUUUCGUUAGCUGCAGAAGGUGGCCGAUUGCGGAAUUCAGCUCUUUUCUGAGCUGUACUUCUUGUUAAAGUGCUUCGCACUAAGAUCUGUGCAAAUCCAAACCGCCAAAUGCACAUCUCUAGUAAACCCUAAAGGUGAAUUUCACUAAAAUAUUUUUCAGGAGGAGCAACACAGUCUAAUGUCUGCAAUGUUUACAAAUUCGUACAAAUAUUGCACGUAUUUCCCAGUUAACUAGCAAAGAAUUACUGUAGGUCUCUGUGAUCCUGCACACAAAAUAAAGUAACAAAAUGUAAUAUGUUCUUGACUUAUCUUACUGUAGAAAAAUGUGGCACAAAAGGUCAGCACCAGCCAGGAGUUGUACAUAAAUAGUAACAGUUCUGAGUAUUUAGUAUGUAUUGUAAAUUCAUAUUAAAAAGCUGCUACGGAUCUGUGAAACUCAGAUCGUGGUGUCUAUGCAACUAAUUACAUUGUGUUAUCAGUAUAGAAGGCAAAUCUUUUGUGCAAUCUCAUUGAAAAUCUCUGUGAAGCAGCCAAAGGGUUAUCUCUUUGCAUUUGUGCGCGUUUUUAUGAACCACAAGCACUUACUUUUUCUAUGUCGGACUAUUAAAUAAUGGAUGUGAUCCUCUUGUGUCUAUUUUAAUGUUUAACCAAGUAUUGAGUAUGCUAAAGGAACAAUAUACUCAAACCUUUUUGUCAUCCAUAUGAAAGACUUGCAUUUAAAGGAACAGUUAUCACCUUGUAAUUGCAGUUGUGCAAUAAAAUGGUAAAUUAUGUGAAAAUGUUUUUGAAUGCAUUAACACCUUGCUAAGUAAGCAUCAACAGGAAGUGAUCUAGAAAGUAUUAACAGGAAGUAGGAUGUACACAACUGAUACAGCAGUAUUUCAUUUUAAAUUAAAUCCUUUUUUCAUGCAAAAAUGGUUUAAAUUCCCUCUCAUUUUUAAACUCCUUUAGCCCAUAAUCUAAAGAAACAAAACUGUUGUCCAGCUGUGGGUUCCUUCCUCAGUUUAUACGAUUUACAUAAUUGUGCUCUAAUGUCGCAGAAGAUACAUGCAGGGUUAAAAUGACAGAACAAAACGGUUGUAUGCUGUAAUAAAGAAUUGUGUUAAGAAAAAACAGUUUGUGUCAAUUAAAAGCACCUCUUGCCCCUUA